AUGGAGACGGAGCUGAUGAAGAACUUCAAUCAACUUGGAGAAAAGAAUGCUCUUAAAGAAGAGAAAUUAAAGCAAGAGGAGAAGUAUAAGUGGGCCAUUGUCGAUGGUGUCAAAGAGAAGGUUGGGAACUUCAGAGUUGAGCCACCUGGGUUAUUCCGUGGGCCCCGAGAGCAUCCAAAGAUGGGAAAGCUAAAACGGCGUAUUCGCCCAAGCGAUAUUACAAUUAAUAUUGGAAAGGGUGUUCCAGUUCCGGAAUGUCCUAUCCCUGGUGAAAAAUGGAAAGAAGUAAGACAUGACAACACUGUCACGUGGUUGGCCUUUUGGAAUGAUCCUAUAAAUCAGAGGGAGUUCAAAUAUGUGUUUCUUGCUGCAAGCAGCUCCUUGAAGGGCCAAAGUGAUAAGGAGAAAUAUGAGAAAGCGAGGAUGUUGAAGGACCACAUACACAAAAUAAGGACAGCGUAUACAAAGAAUUUCACGAGCAAAGAUGCUUCGAAGCGGCAAAUAGCAGUUGCUACUUAUCUGAUAGAUAAGCUGGCUCUGAGGGCUGGAAAUGAGAAGGACAAUCUUAAAGAGCUGAAAGUAGACUUGGAACGGGCCGGUGCAAGGGAAUCUCUUCUUUUUCUUGCUAUUUUAGCGAAAGGAAAAUUUUUUAGUUCUAGGAUGAUGAGGAUUAAAGUCGGAUGCUCAACUAAUCUAAUUGUGGAUGGGGUUUCUUGGGUUCCCCGUGUUCUUUCAUCUCUACCGUCUGUGUUCUUUCGUCUUAUUUGGGGACUCUCAUUCUCAGCGGAGAAUUUGUGUCGGACAUGAUCCUCGGAUACUUCUGUUCUGAACAUUUUAUUUUUCUCUUUUAAUUUAAUGUCGAAAGAAUUACUGAGAAAUGUUCAGUUGGUAAAUGUGAUUAUUUUUUGCUUUGCUGCU